AUGGCUUCGGAACCAAGCGAGUCCGGAUCCGUCUCCACGCGCACACGCGCGAAGAACAAUCAGCGCGCAGGCGUCUCCCCCAAACCAAAGAAAGCAAAAGCCAAGAAAGCGAGAGACGAGCCCAAAGUCAAGCGUCACGAAGCGGUCGCAUCUGGAAGCAAGGCAGGAGCCCAACUCAAGAAGUCAAAGGACGCCAUCGAGUUUCCCAAAGACCCACUCCCACCUCUCAAGUCCGGCCAGCUGAUCCGCAUCGGCCACCCCGACGAGCUGAACGCUCAGCUUUUCACCGAUGACUACGAUGACAUCGAUGAGCGCUCCUACAAGAAGGGCGCAAUCCCAGAUCUGCGUCAAGCUCCGAGCCGCCAGCUCAACAACAUCAUCGCACGAGAAUAUGAGAUGCGUACGUCUAUCGCCCUCAACCACGAUUACGCUCCGCAACCAGCUAUUCCUCGCGCUCCGCGCGCUACCGAUUACGAGACCAUCAUCGGCACCCCAAACAAACGCUGGAAAUUCGGCAAGAUUGGAGCCGACUUGAUCCUUCCCGUGCAAGUCAACCUCUACACAGACUGGUUGAAAGCUCGCUCCGACAACCCCGAGCUCGUCAAGGACUAUUUCGAGCUCCAGGACAUCGACGGAAAGUCGAUCCCGUGGGCCAAGCAGCCUCCCGAGAAGCUCGCCGGCAAGGCACUCGAGGCCUAG